UUAUGACGUAUUAAAUGCGCGACUGUCACUUCACACGUGAACAACAAUCAUCAUGGCAGUAGUGUGUUCAAAGGCAGACUGGUUUGUUUCAAGCUGUUCUACUACGUUAAUUGCUAUAAACCUUAAACAGUCUGGAGAGCCGUUUGUGUUUGAUUGUGCGAAAGCUGAGAAGAAACCAAAGGAAGCUGAUGGUGAUAAUAAAAGUGCUGAGGAAGCAUCAGAGGAGAAGGACAGUGGCAGUGACAGGAUUCUUGCAUUUGCUGUCUCAGCGUCUGGGAAGCACGUAGCGCUCACUGAUGACCACAAACGUCUUGUUCUCUUCUGUACUGAACCAUCAUGGCAGUGCAUUAGUACACGGUGGGUCGUGCGGCGGUGCACGUCUCUUGCAUUUACUCAGGCUGAGGAUGAAGUCUUUGUGGCUGAUAAGUCUGGAGAUGUAUAUUCAUUUUCUGUUCUGGAGCCACAAAAACCAGGAGAGCUGAAGCUGGGACAUCUCUCCAUGUUAUUGGAUGUGAUUCUUUCUCCUGAUGAUAAAUAUAUCAUAACAGCAGACCGAGAUGAAAAGAUCAGAGUGAGUUUGCGGCGGUCACCCUACAACAUUCAGGCUUUUUGUCUAGGCCACAGAGAAUUUGUCAGUGCAUUGCUUGUGCCUGCGGGACAUCCUGACUGGCUUCUCUCAGGUUCAGGAGAUGGCACAAUGAAGGUCUGGCAGUAUGAGACUGGCCGGCGGUUACACAGCGUUGACCUAAGGCAGUUCACCGUUGACUCUGAAAACACGGACACAGAAAAGAGGUUUGCUGUCAGCAGGAUCAUCAGCUCACCGGAUGGAAAACACAUAGCUGUGCAAUGUGAGAGAUUCCCCUCCGUUCAGCUCUUCAUGGUGGGUUCUGGGACAGAGGGGUGUCUGAGCCCUGCGGAGACUCUUGCACUUCCCCAUGCUCCCUGGGACAUGACAUUUGAUUCACAGAACCAGCUUUGGGUCUUACUGGAGAGUGAAGAUGUGAACAUGCUCUUGUAUCAAUACUCAGAGCAGCGCUGGAAGCUGUGUGACUCAGAUACUCAUGAACAGAGGAGGGUCACUGAAGCAUUACAAGCUCAGUGGAAUGUCUUCAAAGGUUCUAUGGGACUGGAGAGUCAGUUUAAGCACCUGUAUAAGGUGAACUUCGACAACAUGGCGUCAUAUUUGCAGAAGAAACAGGAAAGACUAGAACAGGAGAGCAGGAAGAGAGCAGCAGCAAAUGGCUCUAAACCCAAUAAAAAAAGUAAAACGGAGAGCGGCGCUAUGCCUCAAAGCACCAGCUGAGAGAACGUUGUCUUAUUUUAAGUUUUGCUUUUUUGUAAUGUUUACAUAAAUAUAUUACUUUCUUUUUUUCUUUUUUUUUUUGUUAAUUUACAGUGAUUAUAAUUUUUUUUUAUUCAUUCAUAGUCUCAGUUUUCUGAAUAUUACCAUGCUGUAGUGUCCUUUGGCCACUAGAGGCUGCUAUACUUUCAGUCCUCUCAGCUACAGCCAGCGCCGUCACACAGGUGCAAUUUCAUCAGACAACAGGAACAUAAUGUAUAACAAGAGUGCUUUAAAAAAUGAGAUCUGUGCAUUCAGUUUUUCUUAAAGUUAGACUUUUAUUUUUUUGAGUAAAAGUGACUACAAAUCUGUACAUCCUGUAUAAUGUUUAUACUUUUACAAAACCAAAUAAAAACAACACAAAUGGUUCAUA